AUGCAAGCAUUGAUCGAUUAUGAUGGGUGGCGGAAGUGGAAGCAGUAUGCCGCUGACAAGGCUGCUGAAGACCCAGCCAAGAAGGCGGCCGAAGAAAAAGACGAAAAGGCCAAAGCAAAGGCUGCGCUCAAAGCCAUGUUCUCGAGGCCGCCGCCGACUACAAAGAAGGACAAGGACGGUGGAACAAGCAGUGGAUCUACCACCACCACCACCACCACCACAACAACAACAACUACGGCGGCGACAACGACCAACGCCAGCACCGAGAGAACAUCAACUCCGGUGCAAAAUGGGACGCCCAAAAAAGGAAGCGGUUCGAGUCAAGGCUCAAAUAUAAGAACCCACAAGAGUAGUCGAAGUAAUGCCAGCGGAGGUGGGGGAAGUUUGGAAAGCAUGGCAGAGGAGGACGAAAAGGCAGCAUAA